AUGAAGAGGAGCAAUUCGUAUUUUGGUGAUUUGAGGCCAGAGGAGAAGAAGAGAAGAUGUGGAAGUAAAGAUGUAGGAAAAUCAAAGAAGAAAGAAUGGAAGAGGAAAAGGAGUUUAGAAGAGCAGCAGAAGCCAGAUGAGUGCUGCAGGGAGCAGAAACGCAAAAAGGAGAAGUGUGAUGAAGGAGCAGCUGGACCUGUGAAUGAACAAGCUCAACCUCCAAGGCUGAACCCGCUCAGUAUCUCCAGCUACAAUUUCAACUCCCAGCUGGGGGCAGGAGGAUUUGCCAAAGUUAUGCUGGCACAGUUAGGAAGCAGAAAGCCAUACGUGGCUGUAAAAUCCAUCAUAAAAACAGCAAAUACCACGGAUGAGAGUCUUCUAACUGAGGCAAAUUUGCUUAAGAUCGCCAGAGACAGCCCUUUUCUCUGCCAAGGCUAUGCUGCUUUUCAAACCCAGCGGCAUGCCUUCUUUGUCAUGGAGUUUCUGAGCGGGGGCAGCAUAGAGGAUGAGCUGAAGGAUCAAGGGACACUGCCCAUAGAGAGAGUACGGUUCCAUUCAGCAGAGAUUAUAUGCGGCCUGCAAUUUCUACAUGGCAAAGGCAUUAUCCAUCGAGACAUCAAGCCCAUGAACAUCCUACUAGACCAUCAAGGACAUACCAAAAUUUCAGAUUUCGGCCUGGCAGAGGAGAACAUCUUCCCAGGAGACACCACCACUGGCUGGGUCGGAACCCUGGAAUACAUGGCGCCGGAGGUGAGAUUUGCAAUUACAGUAUAUUUACAGCAGAAAUCUAGUAAGGCAAGAAGUAUAGAAGAAUGGCAGGGCAGCAGAUCUGUAUAUAAAAUCCAACUAAUGCCUUUCAAAGACAUAGAGGUUCCACUGUUAGCCAAAAUAAUUAUCAAAUGACAAUGAAAGAGUAGUACACUUUUAGGCACCCCCAGUGUAAUAAAUCAUUAUUUUUUUGCCCCAGACCAGUGCUCCUGUUUGGAAAAUAUUACAGGGACCUUUCUUUAUAAGUGCCAGGCUGCCAUGUUACUUUUAUUUCUAAAGGUACCUUAACAUAUGGAACCCCACAGUGUA